AGGGUGGGGCGCCAGAGGGAGAGAGAACGUCCUCUAGCUGUGUGCAAGGACACGGCCCUGAACGGUAAAACAGCUUUACUGCUGUUUCCAGCAUCUUGCGGGACGGGGAAAAGGUUCAUCAAUCGAUUUGAGUUUCGACUUUGGGAUAAGUGCGUGUUUAGCGUUUAUACACUGAAUUGUGAUUGCCUGAAUUAAGUUUUCAAACGUCGGCGUGUCACGAAUUUGAAGAAGUUUCCAAAAGUUUUCCAAAACUGCAAACUCCAGUCGGACGACAGGAGAGGAGAUAAUAUGAUUCUUCAAGGAGAUCAGCUCCCUCUCCAAUAAGAUAAUGGAGUCUUACAUCUGUGGAGGAUGGUGGCGAUGGAAGUUCCGUAACGUCCUGCCAGUUGCCCUGCUGUUGAUGUCCCUGCAAAGACAAGCAGUGUUGAGCUGUAGUAACUCCAACUGCGUUGUGGUGCUCAAGGACUCCCAGGGUGAAUUCAACUCCCCCUGCUACCCACAAGAUUACCCCAGUAGUCAGGCCUGCAAGUGGACUCUGCAGGCUCCAGCUGGAUUCAUUGUGCAAAUAACCUUCUCUGACUUUGAGCUUGAGGAGGCCCUUGGGUGCAUCUACGACCGCAUCAUUGUCAACACCGGCAACCAAGAUGUUAAGUUUUGUGGCUUAACAGCCAAAGGACUGACGCUAAACUCCACCGGCAAUGUGAUGGAGGUGUCAUUUAACUCAGACUUUAGCGUCCAAAAGAAAGGCUUCAGUGUCAGUUACAGGCAAGUUGCCGUGGCGCUAAGGAACCAGAAGGUCACAGUGUCCAACGGCGCAGGCAAAGUGGUCCAAGUCUCCAAUUCGGUGACCAUACCUACCCUUCAGCAGUUCACCGUGUGCUUCGAGAUAGCCCGGCCCAACCAAAAGAGCAAGGAGACUAUCUUCUCUUACACCCGGCUAGAGGACAGCAGCGGUGAAGAAGCCCUCAGCUUCGGAAAUAACCAGGAUGGAAUGGCGCUGGUCAUGAGUAACGAGACAUGUCUGAUAGACUCUAUCCUCAACGCCUCAGACUUCACUUCCACCAUGAAGCAAUUCUGUCUCACGUGGGCCUCCACAACAGGCAAAGUGACCCUAUACUUCAACAGCAUCUACAGGGUCAAGACCUGCUCCAACACGAUUGGGCACUCGGUGGGGGCUGGGGGGCUCUUCAGGCUGGGGUCCCAUAGUAGCUUUGAUGGGACCAUCUAUAACUUCCGCCUGUGGGAUUAUGCCAUGGACAUGACACAGCUGGUCGCCCUCACCUGUGAUGCUGUCGGAAACGUCAUCGACUGGGACAACAGCUUCUGGGACAUCCCCUCUUCACUGGCACAGACGGACAGCGCACUGAGCUGCAUCUGUUUCCCACAUUGCAUACACUUAACAACGGCUGCUCCAUCUAGUGGUACCUCUGUACCCGUCUAUACAUCACAAACCACCAGCUGUGCCUCUCCUGGACUGGGCUGCCCAGCAACAUUAACUUCCACCAGCUCAUCCAUUGUCACCACUAACAUGAUUGCUACUAAUUCAACAACCCACGUUCUCUCUGCUACCACUUCAUCUGCCACCACUACUAGCAUGCCUCUAACUACCAGCUCAUCAACUGUUCAAACCACUACCACGACCACUCCUGCAGCUACAACUAAUGUGCCGACAUUACCCAGCACAACCACUGCAACAUUAACUUCCACCAGCUCAUCCAUUGUCACCACUAACAUGAUUGCUACUAAUUCAACAACCCACGUUCUCUCUGCUACCACUUCAUCUGCCACCACUACUAGCAUGCCUCUAACUACCAGCUCAUCAACUGUUCAAACCACUACCACGACCACUCCUGCAGCUACAACUAAUGUGCCGACAUUACCCAGCACAACCACUGCAACAUUAACUUCCACCAGCUCAUCCAUUGUCACCACUAACAUGAUUGCUACUAAUUCAACAACCCACGUUCUCUCUGCUACCACUUCAUCUGCCACCACUACUAGCAUGCCUCUAACUACCAGCUCAUCAACUGUUCAAACCACUACCACGACCACUCCUGCAGCUACAACUAAUGUGCCGACAUUACCCAGCACAACCACUGUUACUCAAACCAUUAUCCCAUCUGCAGCAGCCGCUACUAACACAACUCUAUUCUACAGCACAACCAAUGCACUGACAGCUUCUGCUACAACCAUUGUUUCAAACCCAGCUACAACUAACUUGCCUACCACUAACAACACAGUGCAUGUAACGACUACUCCCCCAUUAUCCCCUACUACUAACACCCCAGCUAACAUCACCACUACCCCGGUGUCUGAAGCCACUACUCCCCCACCGUCCUCGACUAACAUGUCUCCUACUGUCAUGUCCACUAACAUCAUUAAGCUGGAGGGUCUUUUCUACAGGAUCUCCUUUGUUGUCAAUGACAAGGAGGCCAAACUAACAGAGUCUGAUGUUGAGAAAACUGUUGCACAAUGGCUCAAUCAAACAUUCCAAAACUGGACACAUGUGGUCUAUGUCGAUAAUUUCAGAAUCCAGCCUAAUAGUGACUCACAGCUUAAGAGGAGUGCCAGUAAAAAAUUCACUUGCCAGGCCCUGCUGGUCUAUCAGACCAGCACCAAUGUGACCCUGGAAGAAGUAGCCAUCUCCACCAGGAUGGUGGGAAGCAACCCUAACAUUGGCAAUGGACUGGAGCUAGAAACUGUCGACGUGCAGUCUGUCGAGAACUGCCCGGAGGAAACUCCCCUCCAUUAUAUCUGGCCAGAGAGCAGACCAACGGUCACUCAGUAUGUCCCCUGUUUCCCCAACAAAGACCAGACUGCAUCCAGAACAUGUGUGAUCAGCCCCCUGAAUUACACAGCGUAUUGGAACACCCCAGACAUCAGUAAUUGCACUGAUAUCGAUUCCAUCAAUGUUUCAGCAGAGAACGCUGCUGAAGUUGCCGACCAGCUUGCUGACAUCACCAACAACGAGCUCUCCACAGACGAGGUGUCCAAGGUGGUGGGCAAAGUGAAGGAGCUGGUCAACGUGGCCAAGAUCAACACCACUCUGGCCACCACCGUAUUGAACAUCAUCUCCAACGUGAUGACCAGCUCUGUGUCAGCCCUGGCUGUAGCCUCAGAGAGGACAUUGAAGACGGUGGAUGAGCUGGUUCAGAAGUUAGAGUUUGAUGGGCCUUCAGUGAGCAUCACCUCUAAAAAUCUGGCUCUGGGCAUCUCAACACUAAACCAUGGCAAGUUCAACGGGACCUCCUUCAGUGCCUUCAUACAGCCCAACACCACAGACCUCCAGAUUGACUUUGAGUCUAAUCAGCUGAAUCCCCUGGCUCAGGUCACACUGCCAGCUACUUUGCUCAAAAACCUAACCGACGCUGAGACCGCUGCCAUCUCCAGGAUUAACUUCAUGUUCUUCAGCAAGAUAGGACUAUUCCAGGACAAACAGGACGGGAUGUCUCUUAACAGCUAUGUCGUGGCCAGCAGUGUGGGCAAUUACUCCAUCAGUAACCUGCAGGAUCCCGUGGAGAUUGAGAUAGUACACCUGAAUUACCAGCCAAAGCCAAAGCCAACCUGCAUGUUCUGGGAUUUUACCAUGAAAAAUGACUCAGGUGGCUGGAACAGUAAAGGCUGCAGGGUUAGUCCCAUGUCCAAUGGAAACAAGACUAUCUGCCUCUGUGACCAUCUCACACACUUUGGCAUCCUAAUGGAUAUCUCUGGAUCUGCUGCACAGAUUGAUGAGAAAAAUACCAAGAUUCUUACCUUCAUCACCUACAUCGGAUGUGGCAUAUCGGCCAUAUUCUCUGCUGUAACGCUUCUGACUUAUAUCGCCUUUGAGAAGUUGCGUCGUGACUACCCGUCCAAGAUUCUGAUGAACCUGAGCACGUCACUGCUCUUCCUCAACAUGGUGUUCCUAUUGGAUGGGUGGCUGGCCUCCUUCGAAAUGGAGGGCCUGUGUGUGGCUGUGGCCGUCUUCCUCCACUUCUUCCUGCUCACAUCCUUCACCUGGAUGGGCCUUGAGUCCAUCCACAUGUACAUCGCCCUGGUCAAAGUUUUCAACACCUACAUCCGGAGGUACAUUCUCAAGUUCUGCAUCGUCGGCUGGGGUCUGCCUGCUGCGAUAGUUGCUACAGUGGUAGCUAUUGACAAAAACUCCUAUGGGAAAAUGGAGUAUGGAAAGGGGGACACUGGACAAGGCUCUUCUGAAUUCUGUUGGAUCCGGAGCCAUGUGGUGUUCUAUGUAACGUGUGUGGGCUACUUCUCUGUCAUCUUCCUCCUGAACGUGGCCAUGUUCAUCGUGGUUAUGAUCCAGAUCUGCGGUCGCAACGGGAAACGCAGCAACCGCACUCUGCGUGAGGAGGUGCUGAGGAACCUGAGGAGCGUCAUCAGUCUCACCUUCCUCCUGGGCAUGACCUGGGGCUUCGCCUUCUUCGCCUGGGGACCCGUCAACCUGGCCUUCAUGUACCUCUUUUCCAUCUCCAACUCACUGCAAGGUUUAUUCAUCUUCAUAUUCCACUGUGCACUGAAGGAGAAUGUCCAGAAACAGUGGAGGAGAUACUUGUGUUGUGGCAGAUUCCGCCUGGCAGACAACUCAGACUGGAGCAAGACGGCCACUAACAACACCAAGAAGGUCAGCUCAGACACGGUGGGGAAGUCCCUGUCCUCCAGCUCUUUUGGCUCCAGUACAGCAAACUGGACUUCCAAGGCCAAAGCAACUCUAAACCCCUUUGCAAAGCGCAACAGUAAUGCAGGUAAAGGUUACUCCAACCAGACCAAUCCUAAAAGUGUCUCCUUGGAUGGUGAGGCCUCCUCUUCCUCCUCCUCCAUCAUCCCAGUGCACCAAGUCAUUGACAAGGUCAAAGGUUACUGCUCGGCGCGCUCUGACAACUUCUACAAGAACAUCAUCAUGUCGGACAGCUUCAGCCACAGCACCAAGUUCUAGACCACCCAGCACUUCUCUUCUUGUCCCUGCUUUUUCUGCUAGCCCCUAACCAGUGGUGAUCUCCCCCAGUCCACAGUCUCACCCCAGGGUUGUAGCUUCCAGAGCAGCAGGGCUGUAUUGUUUUUACUGUACAAUAUUUGACUUAAUCAGCUGGUCCAGUCAGUGAGAUGUACUGAAAAGGGAAGUGGGGAAAUGCAUAGUUCUGUAGAAAAGGGAAGGGCUACGCAGAGAAUGGAGUUUGGGAUUUACAUACUGUGACAUUAAUCUUUAACUGGCUAUGUGUUGUGUAAAUAUUUAUGGUAUAUCUAAUACGCCCCUUAUAAUUGAUUCUCAGUUGGUGUUGCACAUGCCUUGGGUUUUCAGUAGGGUCACCUUUCCUGUACAGAACUAUCAACAAUCGUAACUGUUCUGUUCUCAUUCUGCAAUCUGUAGAAAUCCAGUAUGAGCAACAGGGAAGCAAAAUCCUCCAAUCUGGACCAAAUAUUCAGGCUUAGGCCUAUAUUUCAAACCCAAAGACUACCAAACAUGAGGGAGUUUUUAAAAGCUGUAGCAUUGUCAAUGUGUGCUGAAAAGGAACAGGUUGAGGUGUAGUUCUGGCUUUAGUCAUCUAUUUGUGAAUCCUGUGUGUGUUUAUUUUCUGGAAAGCAAUGUUAUGUUCCUUUACAGUGCCUUGCAUGAGGAGGUUUUGCAUAAAGUACUUUAUCUUGGUCAGCGUACCAACAUCAUCAUCACGACUAUGUUAUAUUUGUCAUGUAUAUAUUUUUUAAACCUUCAGAUGCUCUACUACUGAAUAACACAUGCAGAAAUGGAUGUCUGGUAUUGGUCCAUUCACUACUACUUAAUUUUGGUCACUUCGAUUUAGGACAACCUCUGUGGGUGAUCUGUGUUUAAAGUGUCAUUUAGUCUGACCCUUCUAUGGAUAGAGUUUACCAGAGCCAUGUAUUUACAAUACAUAUAUGGCUGUAGAGGUUACUAAACCCGCAGCCAUUAAACUUAGAUUUGGUAAGAGAGUUUCAUAAACAUUCCACAUUGAAUUGUUCCGCAGUACAGUAACUCACAACAUACUGUAAUGAUUGAAAGGGGACGACAAAACACUGGCAUUAUUUGUUCAUCCACGUUCAUGCCAACAUUUUAAAAUGGCAACAUGUUAAUCUGCUCUUCCAUGUUGCUUUAGUUAGCUUAAUAUGGUAGUCUUAUUUCCCCACCAAUAGGGGAACUGAAUAUAUUGCAUUAUGUUAAAUGUUGCUGUGUGAGCUGUUGUUGUUUGUGUUUGUGAAGCGAUGGAACAAUGUUGUUUAAAAGUGUCUUUAUAUUUAUUUCUAUAGAGCUUUUUGCAUUUGUUAUUCCUCUUGAAUCCCCAGUUGAUCAGGACUCUGGAUAGAUAGAUAUACUGUUUUUGGAAAGAUGGACCUUGGUGGGCAAACAAAGCUUCGCUCUUGACCUGGGCAGGCGAAUAGGGACAGUUAUAUUUUGGAAGCAGUCAGUGUUCUCAACUGUUCUUUUCCAGCAUCAGGAAAAUAAUUGGAGCAUCAAUGAGAAAUUCCCUCAGGGGUCAAAUUUCAAGAGGUAAUGUGGUGUUGAACAGAUUUGGGGUCUUCAUUUCAAGAACGUGGGGGGAAGGGAUUACAGUGGGUUGAGAUCGUAAGAUGGAGUUCUCAUCUUUACAAUGAAUUGGAAAAUGACUGCUGGCAUCAUCUUUAUACAUAUUUGAAUAAGAUAUCCCAAAAUACACAUUUCCCAAUGUUCAACAAAGUAGUUAUCAACCUUUAUCAAGUCAUGUUAUUUGUUAUAGGCUAUUAUUUAGAGGUGCACAUUGUUCUAUCAAUGCAGAGAGAAUCCAGACAUCAUUUUCUCUGAUUCAUUUGUACAUUUUCCUAAUAACUAACUAAUGUUUCCAGGACAAAGAGCUAGGAAAUUACGAUGGUUAGAUCCAAACCGAUAUUGUACUUAGAUGUAUCACUGAUUUAAUAUGGAUGGUCUGGAUCUAUUUGAAAACAUUCUCCAAACCCUGUUAUUAGUUUUUCCACAACUUUUGUCAAUAAUAUAUUUUCUUGAAGCUGUCUCUGUAUGUCUCAACACCAUUGAUGAAUUGUGUUUCACCAAUAAAGGCAAUUAGAAGAACUGAAA